AUGCCUCCACCUGGACAGGAGAUCUGCACCAAGAUCCAUCGGAUCAUCAACGACCAUGCGAAUCGGUAUUCUCGCGCAACUGCGGGCUACGACGUAUUGUCCGCAUUGCAUCGCGUCGCAAGCACCUGGGGCGUCGGUCCAGAGAAGGUGCUCUAUGACACUGAAGCGCGCAUAGGAAACGGUCGUGAAACACGCCUGAUGCAUCUGCAGACCGCUGAUGUGCGUAUGCCCGUCUGCAAGGCCCGCAACGGGGACUGA